UCACUGACUUUGCAUCAGCAGGUUUUUCUAUUCUGUGCACAUCGCUAGCUAGCAAGAUGGGCAAUGUCUACAGAAGAAUUCCCUCUUUGUUUUUUGUGUUCUUGACGCUAUUGGCUACGAGGGGUUUUGGCACCUCAACCUGUCAGUUUAGCAAGCCAGCAAUUGGAGACUGAACGGGCCGUCACCACCCCGGACAACGAAAUAACACGGAACCACUAUGGGCUCCAAACGAAGGAGAGCCACUUCUCCUUCAAGCAGCGUGAGUGGCGGGGACUUCGAUGAUGGUCAAACCACAUCAAUGCCUUCAACCAGUCGCAAGAGAAGACGAACAUCAAAUAUCCCCACUGUUGAUCCUAUUGCAGUGUGCCAUGAACUCUACAACACUAUUAGGGAUUACAAAGAUGACCAGGGCAGAAUGCUUUGUGAACUGUUUAUUCGCGCACCAAAAAGAAGGAACCAGCCCGAUUACUAUGAUGUGGUGUCCCAACCAAUUGACAUGAUGAAAAUCCAGCAGAAGCUGAAAAUGGAAGAGUAUGACGAUGUGGAGCAGCUCACUAACGACUUUCAGCUCUUAUUCAAUAAUGCCAAGGCUUAUUACAAGCCUGACACCCCAGAGUACAGGGCAGCCUGCAAACUGUGGGACCUGUAUACCCGCACCAAGAAUGAGUUUGUGCAGAGGGGAGACUACGAUGAGGAAGAUGAGGAUGGCGACGAUCCUCAAGAACUCCCAGGAGUCUCCAAUGAGGAAGAGUCUGCACCCACCUGUCUGAAGGAUGUCCUUGAGCAGCUUCUCGAUGCUGUGGUGUCUUACACAGAACCCUCUGGAAGACUGGUCAGUGAGCUCUUCCAGAGGUUGCCUUCAAAAGUGCAAUACCCAGAUUACUAUGAGAUUAUUAAGGAUCCAAUUGAUCUGAAGACCAUUGCUCAAAGGAUACAGAUGGGCUUCUACAGAAGUCCUCAUGCUAUGUCAAAGGACAUAGAUCUCUUGGUAAAAAAUGCCAAGACAUAUAAUGAACCUGGAUCACAGGUUUUCAAGGAUGCCAACACUCUCAAGAAGGUUUUUGCCCAAAGAAGGGCAGAACUUGAGCAUGCUGAGCCCGUUAAGUCCAGUAUACGAAUAAGGAACAGACGAUCAGCUCAAGGAGACCGUCUCUCAGCCAUAACCAUGGCACUGCAGUAUGGCUCGGAGGGUGAGGAGGACGCCAUCCUCGCUGGAUCAGUCCACUAUGACGAGGGUGAGUCGGAGGCUGAGAGCAUACACUUCAGCAUGGACGUAAGCAACCCCAUCUUCCAGCUAUACGAGGCGGUGCGUGGGGCCAGGAACAACCAGGGCCAGCUCCUCGCCGAGCCCUUCUUUCAGCUGCCGUCCAGGAAGGACUACCCCGAUUACUACCAGCAGAUUGUCCAGCCCAUCUCCUUCCAGCAGAUUCGAAUCAAAAUGAAAAACAACGAAUAUGAGAGCAUUGAGCACACAGAGGCUGAUCUCAUGAUGAUGUUUGAGAAUGCCAAGCGUUACAACGUCCCCCACUCUCACAUCUACAAGAGAGCCCUGAAGCUGCAACACAUCCUGCAGCUGAAAAGAAAGGAGCUUUUGAGAAGUGGGGACGAGGACAGGGACAGCAUGCUCUCUUCCACCAUGUCCGAUGGCAGCACCGCCAAGAGGAAGAGCCACAAGAAGAACACUAAGAAGAACCGCAUGAAGGUGCUGUUCGCUACGCUGACAGAGGCGCGAGAGAUGAACACCGGCCGCAGACUUUGUGACCUGUUCAUGGUCAAGCCCUCCAAGAAGGACUACCCGGACUACUACAAGAUCAUCCUGGAGCCUAUGGACCUUCGCACCAUUGACCACAACAUCCGCGCAGACAAGUACAUGAGCGAGGAGUCCAUGAUGGAGGACAUGCGGCUCAUGUUCCGCAACGCCAGACACUACAAUGAGGAGGGAUCCCAGCAUGGGCCUAUUGGACACAGGCCCAGGGGCCCUAAAAACCCAAACCAAGUCUAUAAUGAUGCCAACGUCCUGGAAAAGAUCCUGAAAGAGAAGCGGAGAGACCUGGGGCCAAUGCCUGACGAGGAUGACAUCGCUUCCCCAAAACUAAAAAUAAGGAAGAGUGGCAUCUCCCCGAAGAAAUCCAAGUACCUGACCCCGCUGCAGCAGAAGCUGAACGAGCUCUACGAAGCGGUGAAGAACUACACGGACAAGCGCGGCCGCCGUCUCAGCACCAUCUUCCUGCGCCUGCCGUCGCGUUCCGAGCUGCCCGACUACUACGUGGCCAUCAAGAAGCCUGUGGACAUGGAGAAGGUCAAGAGUCACAUGCUGGCCAACAAGUACCAGGACGUGGACGCGCUGGUGGAGGACCUGGUGCUCAUGUUCAACAACGCCUGCACGUACAACGAGCCCGAGUCGCUCAUCUACAAGGACGCCCUGGUCCUGCACAGGGUGCUCCUGGAGACGCGGCGGGACCUGGAGGGGGGCGAAGACGCCCACGUGCCCAACGUGGCCCGCCUCAUCCAGGACCUCAUCCGCAGCCUGUUCGUGUCCGUGCUCGGUCACCAGGACGACGAGGGCCGUUGCUACAGCGACUCGCUGGCGGAGAUCCCCGCCGCUGAUCCUGCCAACGCGAACAGGCCCCCGCUGAACUUUGAGAUCAUCAGGGCGAAUGUGGACAAAGCGAGCUACAAGAGGCUGGACGUGUUCCAGGAUCACAUGUUUGAGGUUCUGGAGAAGGCCCGACGCUUGCACAGGACAGAUUCUGAAAUCUUUGAGGAUGCAGUGGAGCUACAGCAGUUCUUCAUCCGCAUCCGAGACGAGCUGUGCAAGAACGGAGAGAUCCUGAUGACACCCGCUCUCAGCUACACCUCCAAACACCUCCACAGUGACGUGGAGAAGGAGAAGAAGUCGAAGCUCCCCAAGGAGAUGGAGGAGGACAAGCUCAAGCGAGAGGAAGAGAAAAAAGAGGCUGAGAAGAGCGAGGACUCAGCCGGAGGAGCCUGGCAGGGCGUGCAGCGCACCUACAGUCAGGACUGCAGCUUCAAGGACAACAUGUACCACGUGGGAGACUACGUCUACGUGGAACCGGCCGAGCAGAACCUGCAGCCUCACAUCGUCUGUAUCGAACGCCUGUGGCAGGACGACGCCGGUGAGAAAUGGCUGUAUGGCUGCUGGUUUUACAGACCUAGUGAAACCUUUCAUCUCGCUACACGGAAGUUUCUGGAGAAGGAGGUCUUUAAGAGUGACUAUUACAACAAAGUGCCUGUCAGCAAAAUACUGGGGAAAUGUGUGGUCAUGUUUGUCAAGGAAUACUUCAAACUGCAUCCAGAAGGCUUCAGGGCAGAAGAUGUCUUUGUCUGCGAGUCUCGUUACUCAGCAAAGACCAAGUCCUUCAAGAAGAUCAAAAUGUGGACCAUGCCUCUGAGCUCUGUGAAGUUUGUCCCUCGUGAUGUGCCAUUGCCAGUGGUCCGCGUUGCCUCAAUGUUUGCCCCUAAGAAUGAUGAGAAGCCCCCCGACACAGCUGAAGAUUGUAAUGAUUGUAAAACAGGGCCAUCCAUCAUAGACAAGAGUGUAGAGAGGACCGGUCAUGGUCUUGUUGUAUUGGCAUGCAAGUGGAAUCCUGCAGUGCCUGCACCAAUGGGAAUGUCUUUCUUGAUGGUACCCAGUUCAACGUGGGGGAAUUGUGAGAGAGAGGAUGUGACUAUGGACAUGGCCAACGGUGAGACCGGCUGUCAGUACUUUGAGCAACUCUGCUACAAUGACUCGUGGAUGAAAGUGGGAGACUGUGUCUACAUCCGCUCUCAUGGACUAGUGCGCCACCGAGUGGGCAGGAUUGAGCGGAUGUGGGUUCGAGAUGGAGCGGCCUACUUCUUCGGGCCGAUCUUCAUCCACCCAGAGGAGACCGAGCAUGAGCCAACUAAGAUGUUCUACAAGAAGGAGGUGUUCCUUAGCAACCUGGAGGAGUCCUGCCCAAUGACGUGCAUCACUGGAAAGUGCGCUGUGUCCUCGUUUAAGGACUACUUGUCGUGCCGCCCUACCGAAGUGCCCGAGGAGGAUGUUCUGCUCUGCGAGAGCCGCUACAUCGAGAGCGAGAAACAGAUGAAGAAGUUUAAAGGCCUCAAACGCUUCUCCUUAUCUGCCAAAGUCGUUGAGGAUGAGAUUUACUACUUUAGGAAACUGAUAGUGCCUCAGAAAGAGCCGUCUCCCCUUCUGGACAAGAAGAUUGAGGAGCUGGAGGCCAAGUUUGCUGACAUGACGGACGAGGAGCUGGAGGAUCUGGGGGAUGACGACGGAGACACGUCUGAUGCCCAGUCCAUGCCCCAGCAUCAGACACCGCUGGCCAGCGACAUGGACAUGAUGCCAUACACGCCACCUCAGUCGACUCCUAAGUCCAUAAAGGGCAUGUCUAAGAAAGAGGGCUCGAAGAGGAAGAUCAACAUGAGCGGCUACAUCCUGUUCAGCAGUGAGAUGCGAGCCGUCAUCAAGGCCCGGCACCCCGAUUUCUCCUUCGGUGAGCUGAGUCGGCUAGUGGGGACCGAGUGGAGGAACCUGGAGGCCAAAAAAAAGGCAGAGUAUGAAGAGCGGGCAGCUAAGGUGGCUGAGCAGCAGGAGCGUGAGCGGGCGGCCCAGCAGCAGAACUCCCCGAGAGCAGGUACCCCAGUUGGGGCGCAUAUGGGGGUGGUGGCGCCCCCCACCCCCUUGGGGAUGCUUAACCCCAGCAUGACCCCUGCGUCAGGCAUGAUGGGUACCUACGGGCCACCUAUGAUGCCCCAUCAGGGCCCAGACGGAAUGGUUAGUAUACCUGGCAUGCCAUCACAUCUUAUGGGUAUUCCCGUCUUACCCCAUCACCUUCCUCACGGUAUGCCUGGCUUCCCUGGCAUGCCUUACCUGGGUCUGAAUGGCAUGAACGGAAACCCUGGUGCUGGAAAUCAUUAUGGAACUCAGAUGGGGCAUGCUGGUCAAGGGCAUCACGCUCCGCCCCCUUACCCAGGACAGGGCCAGGGAGGGCAGCCUGCGAUACAGCAGCCGACCACACCCAUAUUUGUGGCCCCGCCUCCCAAACCACAGCGAAUCCUGCACUCUGAGGCAUAUUUGAAAUACAUAGAGGGACUCAAUGCAGAGUCGAGUACGGUUAGCAAGUGGGACCAAACUCUCUCAGCUCGUAGAAAAGACAUACGUCUGACCAAAGAGCAGGAGAGCCGGCUGCCAUCCCAUUGGCUGAAAAGUAAGGGCGCCCACACCACUAUGGCUGACGCCCUAUGGAGACUGCGAGACCUUAUGCUCCGGGACACGCUCAACAUCCGUCAGACAUACAACCUGCAGAACAUCUAACCAUUCCUACUCUUGUGUCCUCUUGCAGAGGGAAAAGCAUUGUAGUUUUAAUGUUGUAAUACUGUGAGUUCACUUUGUCAUGGUUUUGUAAAAUUUGUCUCAUUUAGUUGGUUGCCUUGGGUUAGUGUUCAUGCUGUUUUGUAUCUGCAUUUUAAAUGUACUGUUAUGUGUUGGGAACUGUUGUUCUGUCAACCAACAUUUUCAUAAAAUGUUCAGAGAAACCGUG